GGGGCACAUGGAGGUCAGCGGCCGUGACAGCGGCCGCGGGGCCCCGUAGUCGCCGCCGCGGGACGAGGAGCAGCUCGGCGUGGGCCUCGCGGGCACCGAGCCGGGAGGGGCGCGCGGCCGAGCCGCCGUGCAGGUUGGAGCGUCAGGAACUGCCCCUUGCACUGUCCCCUUCUCUUUCUCGCCAGGGCUUUUGAAUCACUCGUGGGAGAUUGGCUUCCCUGCCACCCGGAACUGUCAUGGCAGCACAGCUGAUGAAGCGAUGCUCGUGUCUCCUGAGAGAAGUCUGCCGUCUAGCACCAGUCGUCUCUCCCGCCGGCCCGCUGAGACUAGUCGGGGUGGCCCAUAAAACCCUUGCUUCCUCGGCCACGACAGCCACUUCCAACUUCCCAGGACCCUUGUCAGAACUUGUGGAGAGGGAGCAAGUGUUUACUCCGUAUCCGGAGCGUCAGGAGGUGGACCAGCUCAUUGAGAAGGCCACUCGGCCGGAGGACAUUCUGGCCCUGCUGGGUGCCGGCCACUGCCUGCACCAGAACCAUGCAGCCCUCAUGCUCAUCCAGAUCUCGCGCUUGCUGUCCGAGAAGCCAGAGGACAAAGCCGUGCUCAUACAGGACGCCCGCUUUCAGCAGCUGCUCCAGCUCGCCAACAGCCAGGUCACCGCCGUCUGGCACGGAACCCUGGUGAAGCUGCUCCGCAGCCUCUACACGCUGCCGCUGCCCGCGGCCUCCCGGGAGCUGCGCUCGGUGGAGCAGGAGGUGCGCUGGCGCCUGCGCAGGCUGAAGUACAAGCACCUGGCCUUCCUGGCCGAGUCCAGUGCCGGCCACAUGCAGGGCAGGGACUCCCAGGAGCUGCUCACCGAGCUGCUUGUGCACCUGGAGCGGCGCUGGGCGGAGAUCGAGGACGGGCGCACGCUGGUCGCCAUCAUGAUGAAGACGGGGCACCUGUCGGAGUCGCUGAUGACCCGCCUGGAGGACAAGUGCCUGGAACUGGUGGAGCAGUUUGGCCCCGAAGAGCUGCGGAAGGUGCUUGUGACACUGGCCACUCAGAACCGGCGCUCGGUCCCCUUGCUGCGGGCCAUCUCUUACCACCUGGUCCAGAAGCCCUUCACCCUCUCUAAGAGCGUUCUCCUGGACCUGGCCUACGCCUACGGCAAACUCGGCUUCCACCAGACUCAGGUGUUCCAGCGCCUGGCUGCCGACCUGCUUCCCUGCGUGCCCAGCCUCACAACCAGCGAGGUGGCCCGUUGCGCCAAGUCCUUUGCCUUCCUCAAGUGGCUCAACCUGCCCCUGUUUGAGGCCUUCACGCAGCACCUGCUCAGCAGAGCCCAGGACGUCUCUGUGCCUCACCUGUGCAACGUGUUGUUGGCCUUUGCCCGUCUCAACUUCCACCCGGAGCAGGGGGACAAGUUCUUCAGCCUGGUCCAUGAGAAGUUGGGGCCGGAGCUGGCCGAGCUGGACGCAGCCCUGCAGGUGGACGUGGUGUGGGCACUGUGUGUGCUGCAGCAGGCGCGGGCCGCGGAGCUGCAGCAGGUGCUCCGGCCAGAGCUGCACAGCCGGUUUCUAGGGGCCCGGUCACCGAAGGACCAGAGCACCUUCCAGAAGCUGCUGCACAUCAACGCCACUGCCCAGCUGGAGCUGCCCGAGUACACAGGCCCCCGGCUGCCCGCCUCAGCCCUGCUGCCCCCGCCCUCGGCCCCCGAGCCAAAGAUGACCCCUUUGCAGAAGGAGCUGCAGGAGACCCUCAGGGGGCUGCUGGGGGCCUCCGAUCGGGGCAGCUUUACGGUGCCCACGCAGUACGGCUGGGUCCUGGAUGCUGAGGCGCUUCUGGACUCCGAGGGUCACUUCCUGGCCCUGAGGGAUUUCGUGGCCCCGCACCUCGCCCAGCCUGCUGGAAGCCAGCCACUGCCCUCUGGGGCCAAGAGGCUGGCCUUCCUGCGCUGGGAGUUCCCCAACUUCAACAGCCGCAGCAAAGACCUGCUGGGGCGCUUCGUGCUGGCCCGGCGCCACGUGCUGGCCGCAGGCUUCCUAGUGGUCGAUGUCCCCUUCUACGAGUGGCUGGAACUGAAGUCGGAAUGGCAGAAAGGCGCCUACCUCAAGGACAAGAUUCGCAAAGCUGUGGCCGAGGACCUGGCCAAGUGACCUGCCCUGUGGAGGCCCUGGCAGGCAUGAGGGCCUCUGAGGACGAGCCGGGGUACAGGACCUUGGUGGGUGCACGGCUGCCGUCCCAGGCCCUCUUGGGGGUAUUAAAUCUGUCGUUUUGGGUUUCGACACCAG